AUGCAGGGGGGCUGCGUGCUGCUGCUGCUGGGCCUGCGGCUACAGCUCUCCCUCGGCCUCGUCCCAGUCGAGGAGGAAGACCCCACCUUCUGGAACCGCCAGGCAGCCCAGGCCCUCGAUGUGGCUAAGAAGCUGCAACCCAUCCAGACAGCCGCCAAGAAUGUCAUCCUCUUCUUGGGGGAUGGGAUGGGGGUUUCCACGGUGACAGCCACUCGGAUCCUAAAGGGGCAGAUGGCUGGCAAGCCAGGACCUGAGACACCCCUGGCCAUGGACCAGUUCCCAUACCUGGCUCUGUCCAAGACAUACAAUGUGGACAGAGAUGUACCAGACAGCGCAGGCACAACCACCGCCUACCUGUGUGGGGUCAAGACCCGUAUGAAGGUCAUCGGUGUAAGUGCAGCUGCCCAAUUCAACCAGUGCAACACGACAUAUGGGAACGAGGUCACGUCUGUGAUGAACCGGGCCAAGAAAGCAGGCAAGUCAGUGGGAGUGGUGACCACCACCAGGGUGCAGCACGCCUCCCCAGCCGGGGCCUACGCGCACACGGUGAACCGAAACUGGUAUUCGGAUGCUCAGAUGCCUGCCCAGGCCAAGAGGGAGGGCUGCCAGGACAUCGCCACACAGCUGGUCUACAACAUGGACACUGACGUGAUCCUGGGUGGAGGCCGAAAGUACAUGUUUCCUGAGGGAAUCCCAGACCCUGAAUAUCCACAAUAUGGCAGACAGAACGGAGUCCGGAAGGACAAGCGGAAUCUGGUGCAGGAGUGGCAAGCCAAGCACCAGGGAGCCCAGUAUGUGUGGAACCGCACAGCGCUCCUUCAGACAGCCAAUGACUCCAGUGUAACACACCUCAUGGGCCUCUUUGAGCCAGGAGACAUGGUCUAUGACAUCUUCCGAGACUACACCACGGACCCAUCCCUGGAAGAGAUGACGGAAGCGGCCCUGCUAGUGUUGAGCAGAAACCCUCAGGGCUUCUUCCUCUUCGUGGAGGGAGGCCGCAUUGACCAUGGUCACCAUGAAAGCAUAGCUUAUCGGGCACUCACCGAGGUGGUCGUGUUCGACAACGCCAUCGCCAAGGCUAGCCAGCUCACCAGUGAAGCAGACACACUGACCCUCGUCACUGCUGACCACUCCCAUGUCUUCACUUUCGGUGGCUACCCACUUCGUGGGACCUCCAUUUUCGGGCUGGCUGAUGGCAAGGCCGAAGACGGUGGAUCCUACACCUCCCUUCUUUAUGGAAAUGGCCCUGGAUUCCGACUGUACUGGGGCUCACGACCUGAUGUGGAUGAAACCGAGAGCAUGGACCCCAACUACAAGCAACAAGCUGCAGUGCCCCUAGGGAGUGAGACCCACGGUGGUGAGGAUGCGGCAGUGUUUGCACGAGGCCCGUGGGCACACCUGAUGCACGGCGUGCAGGAACAGACCUUCGUGGCGCAUGUCAUGGCCUUUGCUGCCUGCGUGGAGGCCUACACCACCGACUGCCACCCUCAGCCCCCCAGUGGUCCCUCGGACACUGCCCACCAGGCUGCCUGCCCAUCCUCACUGGCACUGCUGGUCGGGGUCCUGCUGCAACUGCUGGUGCCUGCCCUGCACUGA